AUGGUGGCUCCACAAAAGAACACUGCUCCAUUGGAGAAGAGGCUUGAAGCUGUGGAAGAAGCCCUGGGAAAGAUUUCAGAAGAACAACAACAGCAGAAAACGGUGAACCAACAGCAAGCUAGGGCUACGGAAGAUAACAAGCUGAUGCAGAAUGAGAUCAUAAGGAAACUUGACUUUCUCAUGGGGAAAGUGGAGAAGAUAGAAAGAGGUAAGACGGCUGAAACUCCCAACUCUAGUCUUAACACCCCCAAUGUCACCAUUCUAGACAAGAACCCUAGCCAGGAGAGCCAGAGGGCUAGCGGUUCUGCCAGUGGAGGACCUGAACUCGUUUUGGGUCGUUCGAAGGGCUAA